CAUGGAUGACUGAGACAACAUACGACGACGUGCUGCUCCCUGCAGUUUAUCUUCAAAGAAGAUCACAGUCUGUUAACGGCGCCACUCGCUCAGACGAACACCAUGGAGAUGUCCAACACACACGUCUACCCGGCGGUUGGCAUUGGGUCGAUGGCCCAGUCAGCUGGGCUUGUGGAGAUUGCCGUCAGGCUUUGUCUGAACCAACGUAAACAACUGUGUCCUCACGUGUGGGUUCCCAUCCUGAAGCCGCAGCGGCCUUGCCUGCGCUCUUCGCUUUCAGAACAGCCGUCCCCCGAAAUCUUCAGCGAGGCUUAUCUGAGUCCCCCUUUCUCUCUCUUCCUGGAUGACUUCGACGACGACGACGUUGUGAUCCCGAUCAGGAACAAACACGUGGUUUUCGCCGACACCAGGGGACUGUCUCUCACGGCCGUGCGAGAGUUUUCCGAGCGCGAAGAGCCGUCCGACCUUGACCUCCUGCCCUCCCUGCAGGGUUUAGGAAGCAUGACGGAGGACGGCUACAGCUGCACCGUCAGCACCUGCUGCCCGGGAACGAGCCUCAAGCUGGGUUUCCCGCAGCCCUCGGCCGACUUCCAGGCCUUCCGCGCCAAGCUGGCGGAGAGCAUGGUCAUCCUGGAGAACUGCAGCAUCGUGGAGCAGGGCCUCCACGGGACCGUCCGGGUGAAGAACAUCAGCUUCCAGAAGGACGUGCGCGUGCGCAUCACCUUCGACUCGUGGCGGAGCUACAAGGACGUGCCCUGCACGCACCUGCAGAAGCGCUUCGGAGGGCCGCAGACAGACGUCUUUGAAUUUGACGUUCCCAUUCCCAAAGUCCUGGACGCCAAAAGGAAGAUCGAGUUCUGUUUGAGGUAUUUGCCAGGAGGGCACAACGAGCCUUUCUGGGACAAUAACAACGGGGAAAAUUACAGCAUUAUAGUGUGUGUGAACUCACAUCUCUGCUGUGGGUAGAAUCUAAGUGAAAGGCCAUGACACACUUUGAUCGAGGCGAGAUGUGAAGCCUAUUUUUAUCAUGUGUAUUACGUCAAUCCCUGUAGUGGAAAGUGGAAAGACAUGGGGUAUAUUUAUUACACCCGCUCUGUUUUCUCCAUGAAAUAUGAAUCAACAAAUGUAUUUUAAAAUCAGGUACAGUUUUUGGGAUUUAAUAUUUUCCAAUUUUAGCCCCAACAUUGAAAUUUCACUCCCCAUUGUCCUGACUAACAUUUUGGCUUGUCGCUAUGCUAUGAAUUGGCGUUGCAGUCCAGAGCAGGGAUCCCUUUUCACCCCCUGCAUUUCUGGGAAUCAUUUAUAGGUCAGAGAUUAUUGGGCAGGGAGAAACAGGAGCCCCGUAGCAGGAGAGGCUAAUCUUAGCUCAGGGCCGUUUUCAGAGCCGAGGCAUGCAGUCAGAAAGUUACUGCUGCAGCCAGCUCUGACGUGCAAACAUCCCCACUGUAGCCCUCAUAGGUGUAACAUCCCAAACGGCUUUCACGUGUCUGAUCACAUGUCGUGUGGAAAUGCAACACGGACACAGUGUGUCACAAAAAUCAAUUUCUUACACUUGUACAAAUUCAUUUUGAAGCUAGUAGAAAUGCAUAGUGUGAGGAUGCUACAAGUAGAAGUUAAAGUGGGAUAGUCCAAAAGGAUUGAUGAUUUAAUAUUUGGAAAUUUUACUUUUGUUUAUAGAAGAAAAGUUGUGUUAUUCCGAUAUUGUGUACAGGGCAUUACUAUAAGUUGAAUUCAUGAUUUCUAUUUUAAAAAUAUAUUAAAAAUGUAAUUAUUGUAAACACACAUUGGAGGAAAAAAAUGUAAAUUGGAAAAUUAUUGUGCAAACGCCAU